AUUGUAUUCAAAAUGUAAAAAACUGAAAAGUUUAUAUUUUAAUUCAAUCAAUGCAGUCGCUUGAUUUCAACUCAAUAAUCAAAUAAAUGGUAAACAAAGCGAUUUCAAAUGUCAGCCGCUCCGCGUAGGAAUAUCAACUUCGGUACGCCGUCACGACAAAGAAAAUAUCGAACAAUGUCAGAAAAUUAAGGAUAAGGUUAAUUUCAAGUGCAUGAAAAGUCCUUAUAACUCAUUGGAAGUUAAAAAUUGGAAUCCCUACUCGUAGGGUAGAGUUUCAAGCAUGAUAAAUUCUGACGGGUUGGAAGAUCGCCAGGGCGGUUGGCAAAACCGUCGCCCACAAAGAUUUAUGCAUGGAAUGGGACCAACAUUUGGUGACCGGAUGAAUGUUCAUUCUGAUAAAGAACUAAAUGACUUAUUAGAUUUCAGUGCAAUGUUUUCUCCACCAACUGGAGGAAAUGGUGGCCACCCUGGUAACCACCCUGGCGGACACCCUGGUGGUCAUCCUGCUGGUCAUCCUGCUGGUCAUCCUGCUGGUCACCCUCCUGGGAUGAACUAUAAACAAGGUAUGGAUGAUGGAAAUUGGCAGCAAGGAAACCCCCCUCCAGGACACGCUCCUCCCGGACACGCCCCUCCUGGACAUCCCCCUCCAGGACAUUACAAUAAUCAUCAGAUUCCAUAUGAUGGACAAAAUUAUGACGGCCAAAAUGAUAAUAUGCAUCCCUUUAUGACUAAAGACCACAGACAACAAUAUGGACCAGGCAUGAACUCACAACAGCAACAGGGAAUGAUGGGUAAUAGUAUGCCGAUGUCACCUGACACCCUGUCACCUGGAGGUAAAGCUGCAUUCUUCCGAGGACGACGGCAAAGUGGUCACAGUGCACCUGGAAAACGAUCAAAGGUUUAUCCGCCGGCCCCCAGCCCGGAAGACUAUCAAGAUUCCCCCAACAGAUACACCUCCCCAAAACCCCUUUAUGGGGAAGGGGGAUAUUAUAUGGAUCCCUCGACUCCUCACAGUCAACCGGAUCCUUGGUCAUCGAAUAAUGUUCCCCCCACAUCAACAUAUCCUUCAUCCAUGUUGCCUGGCAACAGUCAUCAGCAGUACAACUCAAACAUGCAUCAUGAAAUGCAGGGCUACCCUGCCAUGUCACCUUCACAACAUGACAACAUGAUAAACUCUGGUCUUCCUCCAAUGUCCACCUUCCGUGGUGGUCAGCCAACAACAUCUGCAUAUUCCAGUACAUCUCCCACGGUCAAUGGUGGGACGGAAAUGAUACGACCCCCAGCCAGUUCACAGACAGGCGACGCCUUAGGAAAAGCAUUAGCCUCGAUAUAUUCACCAAAUGAACAUACAAGUAGUAAUUAUGGUUCAAACCCUUCAACGCCAGUAUCAUCUCCAUCCCCAUUAGCUGGUUCAUCAGGCCAGUGGCAGAGACCAGUACAACAGAGUUCUACCUCACCCCAUUUUGUUGAAGGAGGAGGAGGAGGCACACUCCAUUCUUUACAGAGUCGGAUGGAGGAAAGAUUAGACGAUGCAAUACAUGUUUUACGACACCACGCUGAGCCGAUUCAGAUGGUCGGCCAGCAAGGAAUGAUGCAACCGUCACAUUCCAAUGGUAUCAUGGGAUAUGGUGGCGGUAUGGGAUCAAAUACCAUUGAGGCCUUGGCAACACAACACAACUCAUUAUCAGAGAACCGAACCAGUACUUCAGAACAAUCUAAACCUGAUUUACACAAUUUAGAACAAAGUCAGACACUUCAACAAAAGACUGCACAGAAAGUCGAUAAAAAAGACAGUAAAGGUAAAGACACAGAGACAGCCGCCAAACCACCUCCAGCUAAACGAUCUCGAUGGACAGCUAAAGAGAAAGUGGUUGAGCCUGUAGGACCAGCAUCGCCAACAUCAAGCAUUGGAGACGACCCAAAUGAAUCUCCUGAAACUAAACUAGAAAGAGAGAGAUUGAGGAGGCAAGCCAACAAUUGUAGAGAAAGCACUAAUGAUGUGGGGGAGGAGGACGAAACAACAGAAACCAAACUUCAACGGAAACUCACAAGGAGACAGGCUAAUAAUGCUACAGAAAGGGUACGAGUACGAGAUAUAAACGAAGCCUUUAAAGAAUUAGGAAGCAUGGUAACAUUACACUCAGGAAGCAGCCAACCUCUCACAAAACUAAUGGUUUUACAACAGGCUGUUAAUGUCAUUACAACACUAGAACAACAAGUCAGAGAACGAAAUCUCAACCCUAAGGCAGCCUGUCUGAAGAGACGGGAGGAGGAGAAAGGGGAUGAGAUACCAGGGGGGCGGGGCAUGACAUCAGAUGACAUUGCUGCACAGCAAGCAGCUUUGGCAGCUAGUCCGUCCAUAGGAAAUCGUGUGGGAACAAUGCAUGGGAAUUAUUCUUAUAUGUCCGGACAAGAAAACAAUCCUUUAUCGAUGUCGGACAAAUACGGUGACGUUAAAUACGACUGUCGUGAAAGUCCUUCCAAACCUGUCAUGGACGGGUCACAGACAAUGUCGGCCAUGCAUCAUAACAUGUACGGUAUGAUGCAGGACCAAUGUGGCCCAGAUAUAUCAUGUCUCGCCCAGGGUAUGGCCCAGGGAAUGUCAUCGGAACCUCAGCAUCAACAACAUCAACAUGAUCAAGGGAACUGCUAGCAGAACAUUUUUAAGACUGCUUUCUCGUGGUACCAGUUCAUCAAAACAAAAAAACAUUUGUGGGUCAUAUUUUGUCGUCUGCUCGAAAGUUGUAAAUGAACUUUUGUUAUUGAAGAGGAGUUUCUUGUUUGUAUAAGGAUUUGUUAGUAAUUGAGAAUCUCAAUUUUGAAUUUGCGUCUCUAAUAAUUAGAUAUUUUCCGUUAAUAACUUCACACUUUUAAUCAAGAUUUUUUUUUUUUUUUUUGGAAAAAUGAUUAAACAAAGGGGUUUGAAGCACAUUGAAUUAUCCUGCUGUUUUAAACCAUGCCAAAAGAAAAAUCAUUGCCAAAAAAAUAUUUGAAUUUGAAAUUCAGAUUCUGAGAUAUUGUAAAAAGAGUAUGAUGUUCAAGAUUUGAGUGAUUUCUUUUUAUAAAGUUCAAGAUUUAAAUGAUGGAGUUAAGGAAUACACUGAUGCAAUAAAAUUGUGUUUAUAUUUUUGUUACUAAUAACUAUGGUUGUAUUUGUUCAUAUUUAAAGUGCUUUUGUCCAUUAUUUAAAUUAAGUUUUUGUAUUAUUAUCUUUUAGAUUUUUAUGAAGUUCUAACUUCAGAUCGUAUGUGUGUAUGAUUAUUACUUUCCGGUAGAACUACUACACUGUUUGUGUGUCAUAAAAAGUCUAAAAUAUUUUGUAUUAAAUUAUGAUUGAAUGAUGAUGAUGAAAUGUUAGAAAUGAAAGUUUGAUUUCUCCAUAUUUUCUGUACUAACAUAUCCAAUCUGCUGUUUCUGCUUUGUGGAAUUUGUACAUACAAAAACUCGAGUUUAUUUGGUUAAGUUGACAAAAGAUGAUUUAUCAGUUUUCUUUGACCAAUUAUCAAUGUCUCAAAUCAGUUUUUACUGGACUUGCUAAGUUGUGUUAAGUUGUGAACCACAAGUUGCAUUUUCUUCACACAGAUGUGUAAAGGUAUGAACCACACUUUGUAUAAUCUUCACACAGAUCUGUUAAAUUUAAGAAUCUGUUGUUAAAUUAUUUCUUAGUUAUGAAUAUGGAUGAAAUAUGGUGCUUUGAAAGCCAAAAAUUGUUAAGUUAAUUCUUUUUAAAGCUAUGAUAUUAUUUUUGUUGAUCUAAAAUUCAGUUAUUAACUGUAUCAAGUCCUGCUUCAGAUAAAUUAGAAUUUGAAAACAAACAUAGAAAAUAAUUUUUAUGUACACUUAUAUAUUUACUUUCUUAGGCAGCCAUUAUUAAAAAUGCCUUUUUUCGGUAGAUGAAAAGCUCAAAAUAAGAAAUCUCUGAAUAUAGAUCUGAAUUUAACAACAGCAAAUUUGCUGUCAAAACUUAGUUAAUCUCCAUGACACAGAUAUUUUUACUUAUUUCAGAUUUUCAGAAUUUUCUCGACUUUCUGAAAAAAAUCUGUUUCGAUAAAAUUAUGAAAAUUUUUAAUGAUUUUUUCUGUAUAAUUAUUUUUUGAUAUAACUCAUAUAAAAAUACAUUAGUUACUGUUUCAUAUAUAUAUUUAUUUUCACAGGGUUAAACUUGCAAUAAAAAUUGAUAUGAAAUAAUAUACACACUGAAGUUUAUGUGAAAUAUUUUUAGUUCCAAACAUUAAGUUAUAAUAUAUUUGAUCAUGUUCAUCUUAUUUAAAUCAGAUUUCUGCAGUUGAGACAAUAUGAAAAGUUGAAUAUUUAAUUCAACCACAGUUCUUAAACAUUUUGGAAACUAUUUUUUUUAUAAUUCAUCAAAGGUUGAGUUCAUGACUUGUUAUAUGCAAUUUUUUUUUAAAUUCAAUUUUUUUUUUUUUUUUUUUUUUUUUUUUAAAUAUAUAAUUUGUUUGAAAUGGGUUAUUUUUCCUUUAUAGAUGCUAAAUAUGUCCUUUCAUACUUUUAAAAGGAUUUAUUUUUGUUAUCAAAUAACCAAAAUAACUUCUAAUGUUGUCAUGACUGCAGAAAUGUAAACAAACAAUAUGGUGCAGUUCGCCGUCUGCUCAGAUAUUUUGUACAUAGUGCAUCAAUACAUUGUAAUAUACCCAUCUGUCUGAGUGAUAUGUGAUAAUACAGGUAUGUACAAGUCACAAGUGUGUACAUGUGUAAUUACAAGUGCGGUCGUUGUGUAUAUGUGUGUGAACAAAGCUGAAAUUAGGUCUGAAAUAUUGGUUAAAGGGUUGUAGAAAAUGAUGAAAAAUCUGUUUCAAAUUUCUUAUAGAUAUUUUUUCAAGUUGAAAUUUUAUCUUAUAUUUUGAUGUGAAUUGUUAGACUUAAUUAAUUUGAAACAAAAGGUUUAAUCAUGGUUAACAAGAUACUUUGUUAUAUUAAUCUAGAUUUUUCAAGUUAGCUAAGAAUAUUUGUAUUGAAUGAUUAAUAUAGUGUGAAAUAUAAGGUUUAUAAUGGCACACAGAUUGACUAAAGAAAGAAUUUUUAAUAUAAGAUAGACAAAUAAUAUCAUUCUAAAACAAUUGUUUUGGUUAAAGUAGAUAUGAGGUUUAUAAACUAAAUAAACAAAACCAUAAGUAACCUCAGCCUGUGGCCUUGGUGAAUAUAGAUUUUUUUUUAAUAAACAUGAUUUAAAAAAACUUGAGUAACCUUUGUCUGCGUCCUAGCUGAAUACAGUAAUUUUGGGCAAUAAAUAUCUUAUCCACUUCAUAAAAGUUUUGUGUAGGACUAUAAUUAUGUUAUAUACAGUAAUCUACGAAUCUGCUUGGUUUUUUUCAAAACAAAUGAAUACUUUGUUUAAAAAUGAGUGAAUGUGCAUGCAUGUGAGUUUGUAUAUUUGAUUAUAACAAACUUUUUAAACAUUUUUUUGACCAAUUUUGAUUUUUACCAAACAUAUCUUCUCAGAUUUUAUUUUAGAUAGACCAUUUGCAUUAUUUUUUCAUUCCCGACUGAUUUUUUUUAAAAGUUUGUACCUUAUAAAUGUAGGGUAGCCAAAAGAUUUUUAUAACAUGGUGCUGAAAUGUUCAUAUUUUUUUUUUCUUUCCCUCAAUCUGAUGUACAUUUAAAUAUAAGUGUUUUGGCUUCAAUUAAUUGUUAAGAACUUUUAAAAGCCAAGAUUUUUUUUAAGAAUUUGAUGUAUAUGAAAUUCUGACAUGAAAACAAUUCUUCCACUGUCAACAUAAAAGUUCCAUGAUUAUUUUUUUUUCAAGCCACAACCAAAAUAGUUUUUUUUACCAAUUUGAAAAUUGUUUACAUUUACAUACAAAUUGUAUACAUGAUCUAUAUUUAGGAUAUUUUUAAUGUGUCUCAAUAACCAAGUUAAAAAAUGAUGUACAACCUCAUAAGUAAAACUAGGAAUUUGGAACAUUUGAAACUUCUUUUAUAAAAGUUGAAAAAAACUAUUUUAUUUUAAUUUUGCUGGAAUUUAUAAGUACAGGGUAUUUUUUGGUUUAUCUGUUUCAAAAUUGGCUUUUCUAUAAUAAAAAAAAAUGAUAUCCAUUUCUAGAACUGUCACUGUUUUGUGUUGAAGAUAUUCUUUUUUUUUUUUUUUACAAUUGUGUAAAAAUUACAUCAUGUAUUUAAUAUUUGGAUAUAUUCAGAUGAAAAUUUGCACCAAAUGAAAUUUCUUUGUUUCACAAUGAAAUCUGUUUUUCUAAUGUUUUUGAAUAUGUCCAGAAAUCUUGAAAGUAUAAAAUUAUGUAUUACUAUUUUAUUUUAUUUGUUGGCUUCAGUAAAAUGUUCAAUCUAUGAUUUUCAUAUAAUGUUGCAAUAUUUGAAUCUCAAAACUGUUGUUGGCAUGCAUAUAUUAGUUCAUCAAAGGGACAUAAAUCAUGUAUGAGAGGGGAGGUAACUCUAAUCAUCCUUCAUCCAAAUUUACAGAGAUCGUGCCUAUUUUGUAGAUUAAACAAGUUGAACAUUUGUACAUUUGAUUGUAUUGAAUAUCAUAUAAUAAACUUCCAACAUAUUUUUUUUUCAAUAACUGUUACAUAGAGAAUUUAGCCAAAUUAAAACCAAAUGCUAUUAAAAAAUAGUUUUUUGAAAUACAUGUGUAUGUUUAUAAUGUUGAAGUGAAGACAAGAAGUGGGCAGGGCAUCUUCUACUCUGAACUUAAAUGUGACCAGAAAAAAAUAUUUUUUUAAAGGAUAAAGUUCAAGAUUAAAAUGAUCAUUUUGAUGAAUUUCAAGAUUAAAAUGAUGAAGUUCAGGAUUACACUAAUGUGAUAUCUGGUUGUGAUGACACAAUGAUUUUCAAGCAAUAAAGAGACAAUAAUCACAAGCUAUAAAACACAAAUAUGAUCUGAAUAUUUAUACAUAUCGACUGCCAGUCAAGAACACUGCCAUGCCCCUUGCCCCGCCCACUUCUGUCUUCUAUCUUUGUUUGACUACUUUAUGGUAUAGUCAUUGCUGAAAAUGACACUUAAUAAAAUUUUAUUAUAGUU